UCCCAAAAUGUCCAUAAUUGAUUGCCACAGCACGGAGUUCCGAGGCCACAGCUAUAAAAGCAGCACUGCCUCCCUUCAGACCUCAUAAUCUGCCUGCUACAGACCUAUCUACUCUUUCCUUACUUAGCCAAGAAACAAGCGAUCUUUUUCAUACAGCCAAGAAUCUCUCCUUUACCAUCAUCAUCACCACAACUGCAUUUCACGGGCCAAAAAACUAAGUCCAGACAGAUGGCGGGCACCCUCCCUGAGACCAAACAAGACGCUGAAACUCUCCCGGAUGCCUGGGACUACAAGGGCCGCCCUGCCGUGAAGUCCUCCUCCGGUGGCUGGACCAGCGCAGCCAUGAUUCUAGGGGUUGAGGUGUGUGAGAGACUGACGACGCUAGGAAUAGCGGUGAAUCUUGUCACGUACCUGACGGGGACCAUGCAUUUGGGCAAUGCGGGUUCUGCUAAUACGGUUACGAAUUUUCUUGGCACUUCUUUCAUGCUGUGUUUGCUUGGAGGUUUCAUUGCUGAUACGUACUUGGGAAGGUAUUUGACCAUAGGCAUCUUUGCCACAGUUCAAGCAAUGGGUGUGACAAUCUUGACAAUAUCAACCAUAAUCCCCAGCCUCCGGCCACCAAAAUGCAGCCCCGGCAGCAAAUCCUGCAUUCCGGCAAGCAACAAACAGCUCAUGGUCCUCUAUGCAGCUCUCUAUCUCACGGCCCUUGGCACCGGCGGUCUCAAAUCCAGCGUUUCGGGUUUCGGUUCAGAUCAGUUUGAUGAAUCCGACAAGAAGGAGAAGAAACAGAUGACCAAGUUCUUCAAUUGGUUCUUCUUCUUCAUCAGCAUUGGAUCACUCGCAGCUGUGACUGUUCUUGUCUACAUUCAGGAUAAUCUUGGGAGAGAAUGGGGAUAUGGAAUUUGUGCCUGUGCUAUCGUUGUUGGAUUGCUGGUGUUCUUGUCUGGCACCAGACGGUACCGUUUCAAGAAGCUGGUGGGCAGCCCGCUGACGCAGAUUGCCUCUGUUUUCGUGGCGGCGUGGAGGAAAAGAGAUCUUGAGCCUCCAUCGGAUCCUUCCCUUCUCUUUGAUAUUGAUGAUAUUGUUGGUGAUGAAGGGCAGAGCAAGAAGAAGAAGAAGCAAAAGUUACCACACAGCAAGGAGUUCCGUUUUCUGGACAAGGCAGCCAUCAAGGACUCUGAAGUACCCAUCACGGUAGCCAGUAAAUGGCACCUUUCUACUUUAACAGAUGUGGAAGAAGUCAAGUUGGUAAUUCGGAUGGUUCCCACUUGGGCCACAACAGUCAUGUUCUGGACUGUCUAUGCCCAAAUGACCACAUUCUCAGUCUCACAAGCAACCACCAUGGACCGUCACAUCAGCAAAUCCUUCCAAAUCCCGGCUGCAUCCCUCACCGUUUUCUUCGUCGCCAGCAUCCUCCUCACCGUCCCCAUUUACGACCGCAUCAUAGUCCCAAUCUGUCGCAAGAUCUUCAAGAAUCCGCAAGGCCUCACCCCGCUUCAACGCAUAGGCGUCGGCCUAGUCUUGUCCAUAUUCGCCAUGGUGGCUGCAGCCCUAUCUGAAAUCAAGAGAUUGCAUGUGGCACGAUCACAUGGUCUGACACACGACCGAGCGGCCAUCGUGCCGUUGAGCGUCUUCUGGUUGGUGCCACAGUUCCUCCUGGUGGGGUCGGGUGAGGCGUUCACGUACAUCGGGCAGCUUGAUUUCUUCCUCAGGGAGUGCCCCAAGGGAAUGAAAACAAUGAGCACCGGGUUGUUCUUGAGUACACUCUCACUCGGAUUUUUCGUUAGCUCGAUCUUGGUGGCGAUAGUGCACAAGGUGACUGGGGAGAAGAAGCCAUGGCUGGCUGAUAAUCUUAAUGAAGGGAGGCUUUAUAACUUCUACUGGCUCUUGACAAUCUUGAGCAUUCUGAAUCUGGCGGUGUUUUUGGUGAGUGCAAGGUGGUAUGUGUACAAGGAGAAUAGGCUUGCUGAGGAGGGAAUUGAGUUGGAAGAAACGGAGCCCAGUUACCAUUAGUGUAGUUUUUGUACCAUCAACUGUUUCCGGCUUCAAAUUAUAGGGUUAAUAACUUAUUUUCAUGUACAAAAAUGUGGGAAGAAGUCGUCGGUGUGACAUAUAUAGCUUAAAUAAUCAAGAAAAAUUUGGCUAAGGAGUGCAAAAUGUGAACUCUUGUCUAUCUAUACUAAUAUAAAAAAAAUAUAUCUCCA